UCGUAUUUUGUACCUUGCGCACCACAAAAUGAACCACUGCUGUCCGCGUCUUCGUCAGGCAAAGAACGGAAUGGAGCUGAGCAGGGGACAGACUCGUUUACUAGUCGCAGCGACGAAGGAGGAAGAGCAAAGAGAGAGGACAGCUCCUGCACAGGUUUCUAUGUCGUCCAGACGAGGAAUUUGAGUUCCCGCACUUGGGUAACCUUUCAGUGUGUUUUGUCAUGUCCAAUAGUAAAGCAAAUCCAAACGACGCUAAUAAUAGUAGAGGUUCAAAGCGGAACCUGCCCUCAUGGAUAACAUCAAGGGAAAACGAGAAAGGAAGUUGUGGGAAGAAAUCAAUGGGGGAUGGUGAGGAUGAGAAAUCUUAUGAGUGUGAGACACCCAACAAGAGCGGAGAGCAAUUAGUCAGGACAACUUCCAAGCAAGCUGAAAAUAGUGGAAAAUCUACUGCUUCUAGUUUGGAAUCAAAAAGCUUCUCCAAACUUCUGGAAGGGGUAGUUUUUGUGCUGUCUGGUUUUGUCAAUCCUGAGCGCAGCAUGUUGAGGUCCCAUGCUCUGGAAAUGGGGGCAGAAUAUAAGCCUGACUGGAACUCAGAUUGCACUCUCUUGGUUUGUGCUUUUCCUAAUACACCCAAGUUUCGACAAGUUGAAGCUGAUUGUGGAACAAUUGUUUCGAAGGAUUGGAUAUUAGAGUGUUACACCCAAAAGAAGCUCAUAGAUAUUGAAAGUUACCUCAUGCAUGUUGGGAAACCAUGGCGUAGAGUGGAUAAAUUACAAGAAGUAGAUGAAGGUCAAAAAUCAUCCCUUCCCAACAAAUCCCCGAAGCAUAUUGAGAGAGGGUCACCUUCAACGUCAUCUACCUCAACAAAAUUAAAGGGAAAUAAAAUUGAUCCUUUUAAGAAAUGCUUUUCUGCUUCUGAAAUGAAGAAGUGGGCUAUUGAGGACUUGAAUAGAACAAUUGAGUGGCUGGAGAGUCAAGAAGAAAAGCCGGACCAAGAUGAGAUAGUGAAAAUAGCUGCAGGGGGGAUUCUUACUUGCUUGCAAGAUGUAACCAGUUCCCUCAAGGAAAAACAGGAUAUCUGUAAAGCAACUGAGGAGUGGAACUUCAUUCCUCGUGUAGUUGAGGAGCUGGCCAAAUUUGAUGUCUCAGGAAACAACACAGCCUCGGUAUCAAAGGAAGAUUUAUACAAACAGGCAGUGGAGUGUAAACGUAUAUAUGAGGCGGAACUUGACAAUUUAGAUGAUAAGCGGAGAAAGAAGUCUAGGGGAAAUAAAGAACAGACUAACCGAAAUGGAAGAACAAAAGCCAAAUCUGCUGGUGCACCUGAAUAUGACAGUGAUGAGACAGUUGAGAUGACUGAAGAGGAAAUAGAUCUUGCAUACAAGAAUUUAGCCUCUACAUCAUGUAAAAGCUGAUUGAAUUUGUCGCCUUAAGGAUGUGGAGCUGUUAUUUGGACGUGACUGGCUAUCAGCAGAACUUGAUACCUUAGGAAAAAAAAUGGAGGGAUGGAAUUUGGGUGGCCUCUGUUGUUCUCUUCAAUCGGCCUUGAAACACCCCAAUUGUAUCUUCUACAGCCGGACGCUAGUGUUCUUUUUCAUCCUCAAUUUUACGUUAGUGGUUAGGGUGCAAAGCCUUUCAAAUCCUCAAAUUGUUCAUACAUGCAUGUUUCAUAUCCUUUUCCCCCUAUUACUUAACCUCUUGACGUUCAUUUCAUUUUUUGUGUUUUUAUUUUGCAAGCGCUAGAACAUUCACGGACACAGCUUGAACCCCAGAUGUGAAUAUCACAAGGAUACUUUGAUGCUA